AUGGGCGUCUGCCCCUCCAAAACCGAACUCAUCCUGCCCUCCGACUCGCUCCGCGUCUGCCACCCGGGCCCGUCCUGCUUCUGCGGCCAAUCCCAUCGCUCGUCGCGAUACGUGUACAAAGAAGUCGGAGGCAGUUUCCGGGACCCGGUGGAUCUCAUGGACGAUUUCAUGUACGGUGGUGGGGGGCCCUCGCCUUCUGGUCUUCCUGGUGCCGUGGGCAUGUGGAAGGAUGCGCGCGAGUGGACUGUGAGGGACUAUGAGCGGCUUGGGGAGAUUAUGAAUGAGUGGCAGAUGCGGGAGCGGGGGAGACGGAGUGGUGGUGGAGGGGGAGGGGGAGGGUGGGGGUAUGAAGGGGAUCGAAGGGGGGGGAGGCUAAGGAGGGGGGAUCUGGAACGGUUUCAGGAGAGUGUGGAGGAGAAGUUUCGGCGGAUGGCGGAGGAGUAUAAGGGGCAUUUGGAAGAGAGGGAUGCGUUCUUGUUUGGCACGGAGGGGGAGCGGAGGAGGGAGAUGUAUAAGGAUCGGAUGCUCAAGACUCUGCGGGAGGUUUUGCCGGGGUUGAUGCAGGGGCCGGGCCCGGGCCCGCAGCCGAAUGCUCCGUGGCCUGGUGGGCCGGGUGGGAUGGGCUGGCCGCCGAAUGGGAUGGGAAUGGGUGCUGGGGGAAUCAAUAUGCCUGCGCCGCCGCAAGCGGGUGCGUUUGGUAUGCCGCCGCAGAUGGGCGCUGCGUUGCCUGCUCCGAUGCCGGCGAUGAACCCGAUGAUGAACGGAAUGCCCGGCAUGAAUCCCAUGGCGGGUGUAGGGGCGAUGAAUGCGAACAUGAACAUGUUCCAUCCUGCCAUGGCAUACCCGCCCGGUAUGAUGCCGGAAGAGUACCAGCCUCGACGGCCGGGCCGGGGACGGGGACGGCGGAUUGCUCUGGACGACGGCUUCGACGACGAACCGAUGUUUGGUGGUGGGCGGCGGUUCCCCUACGGAGGACGACGUCGCCGAUGGGACGAUGAGGACGAUAUGCUCGGCGGGCUGGGAAAUGGUGGUGAGUACGUACCAUCUCCGCCGACCGAGGCAAUAUUCAUUUCAAAUGUUCUUCCUCUCACGUCUAACGGUUUAGCUAGGUCCGCAUUCGCCUAGACCACCGCCCGGCCCUCUCGGCGGUGGACCGGGACCGGGACCGGGACGUCGUCCUCGUCCUCACCCUCAUCCUCACCCUCCCCCUCCAUCCGACUUCGGGCCAGCAGGAGGCCUUGAUGCCGAUCAUGCUUUCGCCGGCCAUGACAUGCCUCCGCAUCCGACAGCAGAUCACUACAUGUACCGCCCUCCGCCCGAUGUCACGGGUCUGUAUGCCGACCCGAGAUUCACCGCCGUCCCCGGCCGUAUGCCUUCACCUCUCGGCAUGACUCCCGGCAGACCUCCCUCCCCUCGCCCCGACACUUCCGGAAACGGAAACGGACACGGCUUCAUGCGCCCAGAAGCUCCCCUGGGCGCUCCCUUGCACGCAGAUCUCGGCGCUGCGUUCCCCGGAGCUUCUUCCAUGAAUCCUCCCUUCCCGACGACGGCGUUUCCACCAGCGCCGCCGGGAGUGGCAGGCCCUUCCACCACGCGACCUCCCAUGCCCUCGCGGAACGUCACUUUCGCGCCGAAUCUGGGCGGUGGUGGUGGUGGUGGUGGUGGUGGGUACGAGAAAUUGACUGCGUCGCGAUCCGUCGAAGAGCUGCGACAUGAACCGGAAGCGGGACAGAGACCGAGCAAGAAGGAUUUGCUCGGGGGGGAUUUGUAA